AUGCGCAAUCGGUUUGGCACUCGAGGUUUCGAAAUGACCUCGCGCGUAUUCGGGCGAUUGUAUUGGUUGAAUGUAUUUGUCUCGACGAAACUGAAGUUACGUACUCGUCGAUUAUUGGCAAUUCGGGGUGCAGAAAUAUGCGUGGGCCGUGUGUUUCGCUCUACUUUUAUUGCAACGUCGGGUAUUUUUGGCUCUGCGCUACUCGUUCAUUGCUCUUCUAGCGGCAACAAGGCCAAGGAAGCCGAGUUGCUGUCGGCUGUCAGAAAGGGUGAUGCAAGUGCGGUUGUCAGGUUAACUACGGAUGGUGUUGACGUAAAUUGCCAGCAUCAGUUGGGAUGGUCACCAUUGCACAUAGCUGUGAUCAACGGAAAUGCAGACAUGGCAGCAAUUCUUCUUAAUGCUGGAGCUGAUAUUGAUGCUGAGGACGGGUUUAGUACAGCUUCCGACAUGGCACGGAAACACAGAACUUCAUAUCCAAAUAUUCUUCAGCAAAGAGAACAAGAGUUUUCUGCUAAACUUAGUGCUUAUGCCAAUUUCAAGGGUUUUACUGCUUUACAUUAUGCUGUUUUGCUCAGAGAUACUGACAUUAUUGACCUGUUACUCAAGUCAGGAGCUAAUCCACAAGCUAAGGAUCAGAGUGGUCGCUCUUCGGUUGACUUUGCAUCUGGAGAUGAUUCUCUUUAUCAAGUCUUAAUACAUGCAUCCGAAACAUAUGCACAGACAAAACGACAACGCGAAAUCGAAAAUCGUCGACGUUUUCCACUCGAACAGCGACUGAAGCAGCAUAUUGUUGGUCAAGAUGGACCCAUUACAACUGUUGCAGCUGCUAUACGAAGAAAAGAGAAUGGCUGGCAGGAUGAUGAUCAUCCAUUGGUAUUUCUUUUUCUCGGUUCUUCGGGCAUUGGUAAGACAGAGUUGGCCAAGCAGGUAGCUCGUUACAUUAACAAAGGAUCGAGGAAGGGUUUUAUUCGUCUUGAUAUGUCAGAGUUUCAGGAGAAACAUGAGGUAGCUAAACUGAUUGGUGCUCCUCCUGGGUAUGUUGGCCACGAACAAGGAGGUCAACUAACCUCGAAGCUGCGAGACUGUCCCAAUGCAGUUGUGCUAUUUGAUGAGGUUGACAAAGCUCAUCCUGAUGUCCUGACUGUGAUGUUGCAACUCUUUGAUGAGGGCAGACUUACAGACGGUCAAGGCAAAACAAUAGAAUGCAAGGACGCAAUCUUUGUAAUGACAUCAAAUUUAGCAAGCGACGAGAUUGCAGCUCAUGGUCAGCAACUGAGAUGUGAAGCCGAGAAAGCAGCAAACCAGCUGAAAACCCAAAAUCCAAAUAAGCGAGAUUUUGGAGAAGGUGUUACGAUAUCGAAGGACUUCAAGGAACAAGUUGUACAGCCGAUAUUAAAGCGUCAUUUUAUGAGAAAUGAGUUUCUCGGUCGUAUCAACGAAAUUGUGUAUUUCUUGCCUUUCUCGAGAAGUGAAUUGAUGCAGUUGGUAAAUAGGGAGCUGACGUGGUGGGCAAAGAAGGCUGAAGAGAGACACUCGAUCAGUUUGGUGUGGGAUGCUGAUGUUGUUGACGUGUUGGCAGAUGGAUAUGAUGUCCAGUACGGCGCCCGCAGUAUCAAACACGAGGUGGAACGUCGUGUCGUCAACCAGCUUGCUGCGGCUCACGAGCAGGGAUACUUUGAGCCAGGUUGUCGACUGAAGGUGACAGUCGUCGGCGAUGACCGACACGACCGGCAUUUAGAAAAGUUGAUAAAGAUUAUUGUUGAACGAAAGGGACAACGUCCGGUCGAACUUGAAACGAUGAGAGACGCUGCGCCCGUGAAAUCUGGUUGGAUUUGGUGACGGUAGUUGUCGAUAAAGUGGGUAUCCUAGUUGUCCUAGCAAGUCGUGUGUUGCAAUCUGAGAUUAGAUGCCUAGUGUGUAAAUUUCGUCACUACUCGAUUAAUAUAACUCCAAUUUACG